GAAUCCGUGACUGGUAAUUAUAACACAUAGUAAAAUAUUAAAGUGUUUGAAACUUCUGGUUUCUGGAUCACAACUAAGAUAGAAGAUAAAUAAAUAGAAGUGGAAACAAAGACAAAGAUGCGAAAAGGCAUUUUUCUCGUCGGCUUGGUGUUCACUUCACUGCUAAUGGUUUUAAUCGUCGAUGCCUAUAAACUCAAACACCCGCUAAAAACAAAAGAAAUGCGCGAACACAAACAGAAAAAGGACGGGACUUAUUUUCCGAACGUACUGGAAACUCCUUUACGUUGCUACCAUUGCCAUAACGCAAAGACUCACGAAGAAUGCAACGAGCAAGGACUCAUAGAAUGCGCUUACUCACAAGAUUCAUGUCAAACAGAAGUCAGAAUGAUGCAUGUUGGACGAGGAUUGGUGCCAAGAAUUACAAAGGGCUGCAAGCAGACUACAGCAUGUAAUAAUAACUACAUGCAAAACGACAGACCGGGAUGGCCUUCAACUCAGUGCAACCAGGCGGAGUAUUUUCCUCUAUACGUUUGCAGAUAUUGCUGUGGAGAAGCUGGCUGCAACUCUAACACUGACGAGCCACAUUGCCGGAAAUUGGAAGCGCCAACUAACGGAUGGAUGAAUUGUAUGCCGGUCCCAGGCGUGACGUCAUCGGCCUGUGAGUUUGGAUGUGACAAAUGCUUCAAAUUAGAAGGCUCAAAAUCAAGAACUUGCAAGUCUAACAAAUACUGGUCAGGAGAUGAUGCCAAGUGUGUUUUUGAUCCCGAUUGCAAACUCGAUCACUGCAGUACAGAGAUGACCACACCUAUGGAACACGGAGAAGUCGUUUGCUCAAUGGGACGGAGUGCUGGUUCCAUUUGUGAGUUCAGCUGUGAGGAAGGAUAUCACGUUCUGGGUAGAAAAUCGGUACAAUGCGUGGAAGAGACUUUGGAAUGGGAUGCGGUAAAACCUGCAUGCAAAGAAGGUGACACAAAAACAAAUCCAUGUAACGAGUUUGCAACUUUUGAAUACGAUCGGAAUGGAACCCUCAUAUGCAAAUGCAGGCCUGGAUUUGAAGGGGAUGGUCUGACAUCAUGUGUGGACAUUGACGAAUGUGCUUCCCCGGAUCUCAACAAAUGCCACGAGCUGGCUACCUGCACAAACACGAUCGGCUCCUACUUGUGCAACUGUGAGGCAGGAUUUUCCGGAGAUGGAUUCGAGUGUUAUGACAUAAAUGAAUGCAUGACAGGGCAACACGAUUGCGAUGCAAAUGGUAUAUGCAAGAACAAUGUUGGAUCGUACACUUGCAUGUGUGCACCGGAAUAUAUUGGCGAUGGAAUAAAUUGUGAAAAAAACGAUGUUGACUGCCCACACGAACAACUCAUGGACGGCCUGUACUGCAUCAGAAAAAAUAUAACACAAAAACCAAAGCCGACCGAAGUCAUUCAAAUUGCUACAACUGGGAAUAGUAUCGAAAUUAUAGGCGGUGUCACACGAGCAAUUGAUGCCACGGCACCUACUCCAACAGAUGCCUCAGGAAAGUCAGGAAAAUCAAUAGAUGCCACAACUAUAUCUGAUGCCACAAAUGCACUUAAUGAUGCCACGACCAAGUCAGUCACAGAUACAAACAGUAAUUUAGAAACUGCUGAAAAUGGAAACGCAUCUGGUGCCACGCCAACUGUUCCCAAUACUAUAACAGAUGUCGUCCCCAGUGACAUUAACUCAAACAACAAUGACACAUCGUCUGUGGCUCCUAAUAUCCCCGGAGAAGGCUCAGAAGUUACGCCAUCUACUACAUCUGACGCCACAGUUGAUGCUACUACAACUGCCACGCCACCAGAACCACAGAUUGACUGGUGUGUCAGUUUUGAGCAAGGAGUUCCACCAGUAAUGAAAGAUGAAAGGGUGUACAAGGAAAUCAAUGAUCUUCUGCUGUCUAGAGUUGUUCCAGCAGGCGACGAGACAUCCGUUAUUUUAGGAGCUUGGAUUGGUCUGGACGAUCGAUUUGAUGGAAAUGAGUUGAGAUGGAGAGAUGGAUGCGAAUUAAAAGAAGGUCAAUUCACUAAAUGGGCUCCUGGCGAACCUCGGCUGAGGAAAGAAGAAGAUUUCCAGAACUGUGUCCACCUUAUAUCGGAUCCCGUUUCAUAUGGAACUCGUGAUUUCUUGUGGAAAGUCGUCAAUUGCAGCGACAGUCUCCGUUAUUCGUGCGACACAGAGAGGGCAAAACACUCCGGAAACGACUUAGAAAUCUGCAAGCCUCGUAUCGGAGACAUCGCUAAUGGUGCCGUCACGUGCACCGAUGGUUGGAACGUGAACUCUGUAUGCUCAUUUGAGUGUGACCCAGGUUUCGUGCUUCAAGAAUCGUACAGUCAAACAAUGUGCCUAGGAACGACACUGACAUGGAGCCGGACUCCUCCUACUUGUGUCCGUGCUGUAUGUAGUCCGCCAUUGUUUCCACCAAACGAAGGUAACAUGACUUGCUCCGAUGACAACAACAUUGGAUCAGUUUGUGAAUUCGGCUGCAACAGAGGCUACCGUAUCCAAGGCAACGCCGAGGUCACCUGUCUAGAAAAUCAGGAAUGGAGCUCUUCAAGACCGUGCUGUAGAGAUGACUGUGCUCCGUACGCAAGAAUGAAUCUGAUUUUUGUUUUGGAUAGUUCAAGCAGCGUCGGUCUCGAAAACUUCUAUGAUAUAAAGCAAUUUGUGAAAGAUCUCCAGAAACGAUUUGUAUUAUCUGUGGACUUUACUCAAGUUACCGCCAUUGUUUAUCACUCAAAGAUUGUCCCUCUCAAUAACAACAAGAUUUUUGAUUCGAACGUCGAAUUUGAAGAAGCGAUCGGAAAGCUCACUUACUCUGGAUUAGGAACUUAUACUGGAAAAGCAAUUGAGUACGUCAUCGAAAACUUCAUCGGCCGAAGAGACGGAGCGAAAGAUGUCGUUGUCUUGCUGACUGAUGGGAAAUCUCUGGAUGACGUCACUGAGCCAGCUAAAAAGUUAAGGCAAUUGAACGUCCAUGUCGUUGCUGUCGGUGUGAAGGAAGCAAGAUGGUCAGAAUUAGAAGCAAUCGCGUCGAAACCAAUCUCGGAAAAUAUUGUAACAGUCGAUAAAUUUGUUGACUUGGAAAAAACUGUUCAAAAUAUCGAAAAGAAGGUUUGCAGCUCGCAAUGUUAAGGAGAGUAAAGUUUAUGCAGGGUCGGUCUAUUAGACAAGGGCAAUUUUUGUGCUCGCGACCCCUUUCAAUAUAUUAAAAUUUUAAGCGAUCACUGUUAAGCCGGCGUUGUUGAACAAGCGCGCUGUUUCUCUGAUACUAUGUUUUCUUUCGAAAUCGUGAGAUUUACGUUUUGCACUAGUUUUGCAGUCGAAAGUCUGAAAUUUAGAAUAGAUAUGGUGCUUCUUGUGAAAUUGGUGUACCCUUUUCGCCCCCCAAAUUUCGCUGCGCGCACCCCUGAGGGUCGCGACCCCCAGUUUGUGAAUCCCUGUAUUCUACCGCAGUGGGCCCCAAACUUUCUUAGGCACCGUGUUUAUUCAAGGUGUAUAUUAUUAAAUUUAACCAAUAUAAAUUAUAUUUAUACAGAUCCACUAUAUAUAUGUAUAAUAUAUUCAUUCCCAUUGAAUUUCGAGAGCUGAAACAAUUUUUUUAUUCCAUGUACAUGUGUUUUCUACGUUGUUAUCUAUUUAUUUGUCAUUGAAUACAGAGGUAUUUAAUGUUGAUUGUAUAUUUUUUUGAUUUUUCAAUGUAGCUAUAUUUAUUUAUACCCAUAUAUUGUUUAUCUAUUGAAUUUUUUCGUACUUUAUAUAUUUAGUUAAACUGAUUUAUAGUAAAAUACAUACAGCAUUAUAUACAAAUAUUUAUAUUUAAUAGCGAAAAAAUUUGAUUUUGUUUACAAUGUACAUUACAGUAAUUUAUUUAGUUAUAAUACAGUUUAUAAUUAAGAUGUAAUAUUUUUAUAUACUAUAAUGUACCCUCCAUGUAUCUGUUUAUUAAUAAAUGUUGAUGAAAAUAUA